GGGGGUCGGCGCACCACCGGCAGCGCGAGGCGGCCGCAGUCCAGCGUCGAUCGAGAGCGCCGGCGAAGAGCACCCCCCCCAUCGCGACCCCAUCGGUACGCCGAACAACGUGUCGUCAUCGCCACGUGACCGAAAAUUAGGUACAGGCUCGUUUACCCGCAGGGACCACCACAACCGGCCCAUUCGGAAAGGACUGCCUCCCGCGAUCCUAGCCCGAUGCAGGGCUGCACGAGCGACAGCCACAGCAGCGCGGGGGUCAUGCAUUUGCGGUGGUAAAACGCCCUGACCGUCUGUCACCAUGGUGACCAGCAGACGCCACGGAGGGCGUCUCCGAAUCCUUCAGGCCAUCGCUCGAGAGCUCGGAGCCCGAGAGCAGCAGCGAUGCCUCGACGAACGAGGAGCGUAAGACUCCGUCGGCGUCCUUCAUCGGUGGCCUCGUGGUAUGCGUGGUGCUGCUCAUCAUCCUCGUGCUGGCCUACAGACACGUCACCAAGAAACCCAGCGAAGCAGGAGCCCUUCCGCACGACCCUCUCCAAAAGAACCUUGAACAGAAGCCGCAGGCCGAAUUAAAGCGAUCGUCAGCGAGAGGAGCGUCGACUACAUCGAAGGUGUUCGGCUUCGUGAACAACGAUAAAAAUAAUUUCUCGAAAGAUUUAAAAAAGACGAUAGAAGUUCCGCCUUCCAGGCAGGCUCCUGUUUCGUCCUACGACAGGCCAACGUCUGCGAAAGAAGGAACGAAAGGUGGUUGGGCGCUUCUUACCAACCUAAUUACGUCAACGAAAAUUCCGGGUGAUGAUGGGACUCAGAGUAUACGACCGAGUUUUCGUUGCGGCUCGGGCUGGCUGCCGUGCGCCGACGGCAUGAGCUGCGUGCGGCCGGACAGCGUUUGCGACGGCGAGCCGCAGUGCCCAGACGCGUCGGACGAGCGCGACUGCAUCCGGCUGGGUUGCCAGAAGGACAUGUACGCGUGCUCCGUGGAGGGCGUGACGCGCUGCCUCAAGCGGUCCCUGGUGUGCGAUGGCGUGGCCGACUGCGACGACCACGAGGACGAGAGCAACUGCAAUCAGACCGUUCUCAACGCAAGGCCUGGCUUCUUCGAUGACAGCCCUCUGGACUUAGACGACAAGAACGACGUUCCAGCUGUCAGAGACAUGGUCGACAGAGGCAACUCCACUCUUUCACCGCUGAGAAAUGGGACAGUCCGAACGACACAGCCCCGCGCAGGGGGAGGCUUCGGCUCUCUGGGGAACUCCACGAACGAAACGGAGACACGUCCCCCGCCACCGGUGCCUGUGGAUGGAAAAUGCCGCCCGACGGAGUUCUCCUGUCUCGCGACCAAGACGUGCGUGCCAGCGCAGUGGAGGUGCGACGGCACCGCCGACUGCGAAGACGGCUCGGACGAAGUCAACUGCACUCGGCGGGUGUGCCUGGAGCCGUUCGUGAGCUGCGGCGACCAGAGCAGCUGCGUUCUGAAGAAAAAGUUCUGCGACGGCAAGUUCGACUGCAACGACCACUCGGACGAGCUUGGCUGCACGCGGUGCGCGCCGCCGCUCAUCAAGUGCGCCACGGUGAAUCGCUGCAUCGACAAGGCGGCCGUCUGCAACGGCGUCAACGACUGCGAGGACCGCUCCGACGAGCAGAACUGCCGACCCGGGAAGUCUGUUCUAAGCGGAAGGGAUGGAAAAACAGGGCAUCUGGACGACUGCCGCAGCCGUGAGUACUCGUGCCGGUCGACCCACGAGUGCAUCCCGAUGCGUUGGCUCUGCGACGGCAGCGAAGACUGCGAGGACGGAUCGGACGAGGAGAUGUGCCAUGAUAAGGGGAACAAUUUGCCUUUCCGCAGUGCUGGCAGUUUCAUACCUGAUGAUAAAGGAAGCCUGCCUUUACACAAUGCUGGCAAUCCCAUACCUGUACAAAACUCACCGGUGUUUAUUCCGGUAAACAAAGGACCCGGCUCAGGAAAGACUGGCGAACCGUUGGAUCCGGUGGAAUAUGAAGAAGUGGACGACGAGAAGUUCCACGAAGAGGAGGCCGAUAGCGCGCUGCACGGCGACGGCAAAAAGGCCCACCACCGCGUAGUUGAGGGCAAUGCCGAAGAGGACGACAUUUCGGAUUACCACGUGGGCGAGAAGGAAAAGAAACAAGAGCCGGCAAAAUUCAAGACUGCCACAUACCGGCCCGAGCCGUGCAAGGCGGAUCAAUUUCGCUGCGUGGACAACGGCGAGUGCAUCCCCGUGAAGUGGAAGUGCGACGGCAACGAGGACUGCGCCGACGGCUCGGAUGAGAAGAAAUGCAAGAAAGUGUGCGAGCCAGCCGAGUUUUACGCGACCUGCGGGGACGGCGUGACAUGCAUACCGAAGACGUCGGUCUGCGACGGCGUAGUCGACUGCCCCGACAGGUUUGACGAGUCCAACUGUUCAAAAGGGGUCACUCCUAAAAUCAAUGCCUUGAAGGGUCUAUCUGUUCCCGAAGAGGACCGCCUGAAAUUCCCGGACUGCCCCGCGGACUACUUCAGAUGCAAGACGGGCGGAAAGUGCAUCAUGAACAUCUUGGUGUGCGACGACGAGGACGACUGCAACGAUGGCUCGGACGAAAAGAACUGCGUGAAGCAGUGCCCGCCGACGCACUUCCAGUGUGAGUCGGACAAGAGCUGCAUCAAGCGACUGUUCCGUUGCGACGGCGACGUCGACUGCGAGGACGCGUCGGACGAGAAGAACUGCCCGGUCGGUGGCGCGGGCGGAAGCCAGUAGGGAGCGCGCUGCUCUGGCCAGCAAUCCGGCGCGCCAGAGGACUCGAUUUCAGAUCCCCGCUGCGGCACAACCGCUUGACAUUCCGGCUCUGCCACUGGAAGCGCACCCUGUCCUUGGUCCUCCCAACGCUUACGACUGCAAUGAACUGAAAUGUGUGACAGGCGGUGAAAACGAGAACGUUCUAAUCGAUGAAGUUGUUGGCUAUCGUCAUAAACAUAAUGUUUCGUUGAA